AGCGGCUUUUAACAUGCAAAACACACCUUGAUUUGAUACCAUUUAUUUUUAAUUGUUUGAAUGAAUAAAAUUUGCUGAUUUUUGGAAAAAACAAACAAACAAACAAAAAAACAAAACAACAGAAGCUGCUCAGGAUGUUCAAUCCGAAAGAAAACCGCUGUCGCCGCUUCCAGGCCAACAUCUUUAACAGGAGAAAAUGCCAGAACUGCUUCAGAACCUUGGAUUCACACACACUCAGUGAAUCCGAUUUACACGCAGCUAAACCUGUCAAAGCUGGUUGGCUUCUUCUAGCCCCAGAGGGUAUUGAUUUUCUGAAUCCUGCCCGUAAGAACAGGAAAUGGCAGCGACGAUAUUUCAUACUGUAUGAGCAUGGGCUUCUGCAUUACGCUCUGGAUGAAAUGCCUGGUACUCUGCCCCAGGGCAGUGUAAACAUGAGUCAGUGCAGUGCUGUUCAGGACGCCUCAUCCCAGACCAACUUCUGCAACAGUCUACGCCUUAGUUUCAGUGACCGAGAUUAUUAUAUAAGAGCAGAGAAUGCAGAGAACAUCACUGGGUGGCAAGAAAACCUGCUUGUUCACUUGAAUGCUGUGAAAACAAACCACAAGAAGAGAAGACUAGAGUCACUGGUAUACACACAUAACGUAAAGAAGCACACACUACCUGAUAGAACCAAGGUGUCUGAGAGCAGCAGCACCAAGAAGAGAAGCCCUGAACUCAGUACUGGUAGCGUUUACAGCAAGAGCAUUAACGAAAGUGUUUAUUGUGGAGAUCUAAACACUCGGGUCGGUGCUGAAGCUACUAAUGUAAAUCUAUGUGAUGGUGAAGACACAAGUGGCAGUGAUAUGGGUGGAGUGGAGGUAGGUUGUCCAAUCCCUUCUUUUCCAGAGGUGGGGCUUCGAGAGGAUCCCCAGGAGCUUAAUGAGAAAGGAGGAGUCUGCUCGAGCAGCAGAAUGAGCCAUGCCAGCUCUCCUAAUACCUCCUUCAUCAGUUCCUACCUCUGCUCAACGCUUAGUCAUCUACCCAGUCAUUUCAGCACAAACGCAACCAAGAGGCGUGAAGGUAUAGAUAGUGGAUAUUCAUCGCUCGAGAAAACAAGAGCCGACGCUGAGGACGCGCAGACAGGCCCUGACCAGGACUACAGGCGAUCGCAGGUUAUCAGUCAGUUUGAGCAGGAAAAUGAGAUGCAUAUGCCUGCCAUAGAGCUGUGUUCCUCUUCGUCAAUAUCCACCUGCUACGCUGCAGAAUGCGAUGAAGACGAGAGAACGAACCGCAGCAGGACACGGGUGUUCGCUCGUGGUCAUGGUGAAUCUGGUGUCUGUGCCUCCAAAUGCCGUCGCUCCAAAUCACUGGAGCGCAGUUUGGCAGAACACACGAACACUCCUGACCUGAUAAAUUUUAAGAAGGGCUGGAUGACAAGAUUGGGAGAAGAUGGAAAGUGGAGGAAGCAUUGGUUUGUUCUUACUAACCAGGCUUUAAGAUUCUACAGGGAUUCAGUGGCUGAAGAGGCUGCAGACGUAGAUGGUGAGAUCAACCUGUCCACAUGUUAUGACAUCACAGACUUUCCUAUGCAGAAGAAAUAUGGCUUUCAAAUUCAUACUAAAGAUGGAGUCUUUACACUCUGUGCAAUGACCCAUGGAAUUCGCCGGAACUGGAUUCAGGCAGUUAUGAAGAAUAUUCAGACAUCUGUUGCCCCCGAUGUUACAUGUUCACUUCCUCCAAAGGUGCCAAUGGACAUGGCUUCAAAACCUCCAUGUUCAGAGGAGGAAAAGAGGAGCAGUGUUGUAGAACGACGCCGAGAGGGGCGUUACAAAACCUUUGAUUGGGCUGAGUUUAAUCACAUGAGGACGAAAAGGGAAACACUCAGCAGGCAGUCAGAAAUAGAUUCAGAGUUUGUCUCUGAGGACUCUGUGCCCCCUGCACCUGCACCAUCUCCUGAAGAACCUGUUGCAAGCUCCGUUACGGUGUCGCAUACCGCGACGGCACAGGAUUCCCAUUAUACAAAGCCUGCAGACUCCUCACCACUCAUGGUGAGAUCCAGUAUUCUCGCCGAUAAACCGGCUGAUCAGAAGAAUGCCGAGGUCGAUGGUGUGGAUGUCUUCAAUGACCUUUCUUCUAAUACACAGAUGGGAGAAAAGAAAGAGAUUUAUCUUUACACCAUACCAGCUCCAGCCACAUUUUCCUCACGAUCAGUACAAACAGAAAGGCAGUGGGAACUUGAGCUUCAAACACUCCAUUCAGAACUUAAGGCAAUGUAUGAGAGAAGUGAGAGAGAGGCAAGGGAUUACAAACUGUCUGAGGCCCACCUCCAGACUGAUUUGAGUGGCAGUCUGGACCUCCUACAUGAAACUGAAACAAAACUGCAGAAAGCUGAAGGUAUCCUAAGGGAAAGAGAGAGUGCACUGAAGGAAUUGCAAAGUUCUUUGGAUGAAGUUUCAGGACGUCUGAAGGCUACGGAGGAGGCGCAGGCUCUGAAAGACGCCCGUGUACAGAGACACUUGCGCCUCCUUGAGGAGAGUCAGGAACGGGAGAGGAGGAGUCUCCAUGAUAGCCUUGAGCAUGCAGAGAAGCGUGGGAAGGAACUGGAGGAGAGGCUUAUGCAAACGGAAGCGAUGCUGCAAAAGAUGCCAACAGGGGGCAUGGUAGAGCAGCUGGAGAGAAAGUGCCAAGAGCUGCAAAACCAGCUAGAUGAAUCGGACAGUGAAAUGAGUAGGUUACAGGCACGGCUACGGAAUGAGGAGACCCUGUACUAUGAUAUGGAGCAUAACUACGAGCAAGUAUGUGAGGAGUUGGAGUUUGUGCGCGGUAAAUUGCAAAACUGCGAAUGGGUGUGCGAAGAGCGCUUUAGAAUUCAAUUAGAGCAGCAACAAGAAAAGCUUAAUAGGAAAGAGCAGGAACUACAAGAACUAUUACUCAAAAUGGGUUGUUCAGGUGUGACCGUGGAAGUGACUGGCAUAUUUCAGCCACAUGCCUUCAACCAGCAUCUUCAGGUCGGUCCAUGCAAGGGAGAGAAGGUCGAGAAUUUUGGAUUUGUUGAUUUGAAGAAACAGCCAGUUGCACAGGGGGAUGAAUCAGAACAAGUAAUAUCCGUAAUACAAGCAUUAGAGAGCAAGUUGUGUGACACAGAGGAGAGGCUUCAGGAGAUCACAUUGCAGCUCCGACAGCAGCAGCAAAAACUAGGUGAUGAGGUUAAUGCUGAGAAAGUUGAUCAGUGGCGUGUGCAGAUACCCAAUGAGUCUUUUGGACCAGGUGCUAGAAAUGACAGUCCAAAUGGAAAACAUUGCAGGAUCAUACAGGAAACGAUUGCUACUAAUACUAAGGUUAACUUGGGUACUAGUAAGUUGCUUAACGUUGAUCUCCAGGAUGUCUUGCAAGACAAUGGUAUGAGUCCAGAGAAGAUUUUAUCUCAAGGGUUGACUAGCAGGAUGUUGUCCUUAGAAGCACUAGUCAUCCAGAGGAUGGCUUCUGCACUAGAGCAUCCCAGCAAACGCCUCCUAGAGGGGCUAUUAGAGUUGCAAUUCCAGACCAAGGCCCUUAGAGGGGUUUGUGAUGGGAGGCUUGACGGGCCAGUCAUGAGGAACUACUCACAGUUGUUUUCAUACUAUCAAGAGAUGGGUGAGGCAGGGUGCUUACUGGAUGAGCGUGAGAUCUAUAGCAUGUGUAUGAAAGCAGAACUAGCAUACCUAACAUACACAAACCAUCUACACAACACAAAGGAAGAGCAUGGGUCACAGGCCUUUAAAGUCCCGUUCUGUCUUGGGUCUGGGGUUACUCCUCUUAAUGCCAAAGAGGAGACCAUUUCUAAAACAGGACUCUGGUUGUCUGAUGUCAGCCUGCCUGAACUGGUUCCAUGUAAGCCAGAAAGUAAAAAUGAAAAGGAGGGAUGCUGCCCUGUAGAUAUGGACAAAGACAGUCUAGUGGUAGAGCUGCAGGCACAGGCCUGUUCCCUCCAGGCCCUCUCCAAGCAGCUACAUCCUUUAGAUGAAGAAGAUGAUCUGGGAUUGUCUGGGAUUUCUCCGGUCCUUUUCCGGACUGUGUUGUUCCAGGCCAUUUUAGCAUAUGUUACAUGCAAACUACAUGUUGCUCUGAGGCACAAAGUGCGUCUCUUGCAAGACCAGCAGGAGCAGGCUGCAUGCCAGUGCCGCAGGCUGGAGGCCAUGUUGCAAGAACAGAAUGAGAGCUAUGAGGAAAAGCUACGUGAGGAUCGCGUGGUUAUAGAGGUGGCUGAGCUGGCACGCAUCUCAGCAGAGACCGAUACCCAGAUAAAGGGACAAGAAGUGCAGCAACUAGAGGCAGAGUUUAAUAAAAAGCUCCAGGAUCUUCAGCAAUUCCAUGAAUUAGAGAUGAGGCGUCUCCAUGGAUACUACACCGAAAACCAGUCACAGACUGUGACCUUGACGGAAUCCAUUAAUGGAGAGGAAAUGCUUUCUGUGACCGCUAUGAAAGAAAGAAUCAGUGAAUUGGAGCUGCAGGUUAGAUGCUUGGAAGAUGAGCUUCGCAGAGGAGAUGGAAACGCUUUGCGAAAGGCCUAUGAACAGGAACUAGAGACACUGAAGGUCACCUGUGAACUUGGCUUCAGCAGCAUGGAACAGAGUCAUCAGAGGGUGAUCGAGGAGAUGCAGCGGCAACACCUGAUAGAGGUGGAACAGCUGCUGGAAGAGAAAGAGAGGGUUCUCCAGGAAGAAACCAAUGCCACACUUGCAGCCAUUGAGGCCAUGCGUAAAGCUCACAAGGAGGAACUGGAGAAAAGUCAAAAGGUUCAGCAGAGGGGAGCCGGCACGGACAUCAUCAAGCUGCGUGCACAAUUUAAAGACGAGCUGGAUUUGCUACACAGGGAGCUGGAAGUGUUAUCUGAGCAAUACUCGCAGAAAUGCCUGGAGAAUGCAAACCUGAAUCGAGCCAUAGAGACCGAGAGACAGGCCCUGAGCUCUGUAGAGAGAGAAAACCAGAAACUUCACAAACGCAAUCAAGAGCUGAAUGAGCACUUAGUGGUUGAACUCUCCCAAAUGCAAUCUUGUGUGAAUGGAGGAAUCGAGCAAAUGGAGCUCUCUCAGGGCAAAGAUGUGAUUCAGCUGGAGGUGGCAUUAAGAGUAAAGGAGUCAGAACUUAAGUGUCUGAAGCAAGAGAUCAGCUCACUAAAGGAGGAGCUACAGGCUGCAAACAGACAUUGUAAGAAGCUGCUGAAUGAGUUGAGCGUUUCAGGUGCCAGAUCUCCAGCUCUCUUUAAGUGCAGUGCUGAGACUUGCAGGCAACGGAGCCAAAGUUAUGAUGUGAUGAAGUCAAGAAGUAAUCCUGACUUCCUGAAGAAUCAAACUAAACCAAACCAGCCAACCAGAUCCAAGAGUCUGAGAGAACAUCUCUCUGUUCAGGAGAGAAUGAAGCUUUUCGAAUCGGGCAGGAAAUAGAAAGACCUGAUCGUGUCCCUGUAUCUGUGCACUUUUCACUAUUUUUGUGUGUUGUAUAUGGGCUUAAAAUAAUCUAAUAUUUAUACAUAAAGGUAAUGGGGUUUAUUUAUUUUAUUUGAUGUAUUCUGAUGCUGAGAUCUUUCUUUGGUCUGUCCCUAAUCUGUGUUGUCACACACUGGCUAUAAUUUAUUUUUCUAGCCUUUUUAGUUCAUUUGAAAUUUAACCACUUCUUGA